CCCCCUUGUGCAUACCAAGACAGGCAAAACAGAUUCUUCUAAAAGACGUUAUGGGAUCAUUGGAUCUAUGGUCUCCAUCCGAUGAGUAGAUGAGUUUUGACAACAUUUCUCGCUUUCUGGUUUUGCUGUAAACUGGGGGACGCGGGGACGCGCUCAAGGGGGACGGAGCGCACAGCCCCGGGAUCAAGUUACAGUCCCAGUCCCAGACUUUUCAAGGCAACAUUUUUUCCUCCAUCCCAAAAGUGGGGGAUGGGGUGAACGUUAUUUGAUUUGUUCUAACUUUUAAGUUUAAGCAAAACGGAGCUGAGCAAAUCUUUGCGCUGGAACUUCAAAAAGAAACUUUUGUUGACAACUUUUUGCGCAGCGCAAUUGUACGAUGAACAGCUUUUCAACAGUAUGUGCCCGAGAACGGAGGCAUAAAAAACUUUGGAAUCGGACUAAAAGAGGUUUCUUUUAAUAGGAAAUUUAGUUUAAUCGCGAUUCUAUGACCUAUCCAAAAUUUGUCGUGUUUUGAAAACUCAAAGCGCAUCGCGCACGAGUUGAGCUCGCAGAGUUUAUUUGGAAACAUUUGAUGAAACAUCGCUACUUUGUUGCGUCUCCAAGAUGUCCUCCAAGCGCCCCUGCUCCAUUGUUGGAGGCUUUUGGAUGCUUUGGAUCUGGACAGCUAUCUCUAUGGUCGCUCGGGCGGUCAUCUUGCACCCAAAUGAAACUAUCUUCAACGACUUUUGUAAGAAAUCUACAACUUGUGAAGUGCUAAAGUACAAUACGUGCCUAGGUUCGCCUUUGCCGUACACGCACACGUCUCUGAUUCUGGCUGAAGACUCAGAAACUCAGGAGGAAGCCUUCGAGAAAUUGGCCAUGUGGUCUGGGCUGAGAAAUGCUCCUCGCUGUUGGGCCGUCAUUCAACCAUUGCUGUGUGCCGUUUACAUGCCAAAGUGUGAGAAUGGAAAGGUCGAACUGCCCAGCCAGCACCUGUGCCAAGCUACACGCAAUCCAUGCAGUAUUGUGGAGCGGGAGAGGGGCUGGCCCAACUUCCUCAAGUGCGAAAACAAGGAGCAGUUCCCUAAAGGUUGCCAGAAUGAGGUACAGAAGCUCAAAUUCAACACUUCUGGCCAAUGCGAGGCUCCGUUGGUCAAAACUGACAUCCAGGCAAGUUGGUAUAAGGAUGUGGAAGGCUGUGGGAUCCAGUGCGACAACCCUUUAUUCACAGAGGACGAGCACUCAGACAUGCAUAGCUACAUCGCCGUCUUCGGUUCCAUCACUCUUCUCUGUACUUUCUUCACGCUGGCCACAUUUCUUGCAGACUGGAAGAAUUCCAACCGUUACCCCGCCGUGAUCCUCUUCUACGUCAACGCCUGUUUCUUUAUUGGAAGUAUUGGAUGGCUCGCUCAAUUCAUGGAUGGAGCCCGCGAUGAGAUAGUAUGCAAAAGCGACAACACUAUGCGACUUGGAGAGCCAUCAUCCACCGAGACGCUGUCAUGCGUGAUUAUCUUCGUCAUUGUGUAUUACUCUCUUAUGUCUGGAGUUAUUUGGUUCGUUAUGCUCACUUAUGCCUGGCACACAUCAUUCAAAGCCCUUGGCACCACCCAUCAACCUCUGUCUGGAAAAACGUCCUAUUUCCACUUGGUCACAUGGUCUAUUCCUUUUAUACUGACAGUUGCUAUACUGGCCAAUUCACAGGUGGAUGCAGAUUCAGUUAGUGGCAUUUGCUUUGUCGGCUAUAGGUAUUAUGAAUAUCGUGCAGGGUUUGUUCUGGCUCCUAUCGGGUUUGUCCUUGUUAUUGGUGGCUAUUUCUUAAUACGAGGGGUUAUGACAUUGUUUUCCAUUAAAAGCAACCAUCCAGGGCUACUCAGCGAAAAAGCUGCAAGUAAAAUCAAUGAAACCAUGCUAAGGCUUGGCAUAUUUGGAUUUCUGGCCUUUGGUUUUGUUUUGAUUACAUUCGGAUGUCAUUUUUAUGACUUCUUCAAUCAAGCUGAGUGGGAAAGAAGCUUCAGGGAAUAUGUUCUAUGCGAGGCUAAUGUCACCAUAGCUCACCAGACCAACAAGCCGAUCCCAGAAUGUGCCAUCAAGAAUAGGCCCAGUCUGCUGGUGGGGAAGAUCAACCUCUUCUCAAUGUUUGGCACAGGCAUUGCAAUGAGCACCUGGGUUUGGACGAAGGCUACAAUCCUCAUCUGGAAACGUACCUGGUUCAGAAUCAUUGGACGAAGCGACGAUGAGCCGAAACGCAUUAAGAAGAGUAAAAUGAUUGCCAAGGCAUUCUCAAAGCGAAAAGAACUGCAGAAAGAUCCUGAGAAAGAGCUGUCCUUUAGCAUGCACACAGUUUCUCAUGAGGGACCUGUGGCAGGUAUCAACUUUGACCUGAAUGAACCAUCGAUUGAGAUGUCUUCUGCAUGGGCCCAACAUGUGACCAAGAUGGUGGCUAGAAGAGGGGCAAUUUUACCGCAGGAUAUCUCAGUGACACCCACUGGAACACCCAUUCCGCCUCCAGAGGAAAGGAACAAACUUUGGAUGGUUGAAGCAGAAAUUUCUCCUGAAAUUAUGAAAAGAAAGAAGAAGAAGAAAAAGCGAAGGAAGGAAGUACGGCCUGCGGGUCCUGCAGCAGAUGAAGGGAAUCCUGCCUACCACCGGAGGGAGUUUGGCCCCAGUGCAGUGCCGCGUCUCCCGAAACUUCCCGGUCACCGGAGUCUGGUGGCUAACCUUUGGGAACAGCAGCGACAGCAGCAGGAGGAACAGGAUAUGCUACCUGGAGCCUUCCCAGAAUUCAGGCCUUCAUGUCCGCUUCCUUACCAGGAUAGGUACGGUGGGCUUGGUUAUUUGCGCAAUAAACCUUCCAGUCUCCCUCUGGCCAAUCCCUUGACGCUAAGAGAUAGCAUGCAAGGAGAUUCAAGUCACUUCCAGCAAAGCUCAUGGCAACCUAAGGGGGUUUUCCGGCACCUUGGCCAGGAGGCUUCUAUGAUGGAUGCCGGCAGGACUGCAGUUGUGCCACGGGCAGACGGCAGGAGGGGUGCACAAAUACAUUCCAGAACCAAUCUUAUGGAUGCUGAGCUAUUAGAUGCUGACUCAGAUUUUUAAGUCUUUGGAGUUACUGGUGCUCAUUCUUUGCAUAAAAACAAAAGGUGCUGGAUACUUACGCCAAACUAUGAACUUGGAACAGAAGUGGGUUUGAACUGCUGUGCUGGCUCUGCUUGUCUAAAGCAUAAUAUUUUUAUCCAACCUUCAUGAUGUUAUUAAUUAUGAACUGGAUUUAUGAAUUGUAAAAAACAAAACAAAACAUUUGUGUCUUCGAUAUGGACAUCACAUGUGCAGUUCUGCACUCUUUUAUUGUGACAAUUCAUAUAGUUCAGUUAGCCAAGUCAGCUAAGAUGACUAUUGUCUAGAAUUUUGACCACUUUCACGGUCAUUCAUACAUAAUACGUCUUUGCAUCUAAAAACAUGAGAUGCAAAUAAAGCUUCUUCCGCCAUGGUACUUUCAGAUAAAAAAGUCGUCAUGUCAGUUUCCUACUGUAAACAUAAGUUGCAAUACUUCUCCCACCUCAGAGUUCUUCUGAUUGGUUCUCUGCUUUGGAGCAGACAUUGAUGACUGGCGCUGCUUGUAAAAAUUGAAACUCUUUUUGACAUGGCAUCUUAAAAAUAUAGCAUUCAUGUGCGAAACAUGAAAGACGCAAGCGUAAUGGGCAUUCAUGCCAGUUUAGAGUGUUAACAUACAAAAACUAUGGAAAAGAAGCACACGGAAAUGGAGAACAUAUUCUGUGUGAAUUAGGGCUGCACGAUAUUGGAAAAAUGUAGCAUUGCGAUAACAUUUUAUUCUGCAAUAUAUAUUGCGAUAUAAAAACAAUUUCACUAUUUGUUGAAUAACUAUUUGGAAAGAAUUAUAAUCUUAGAUUGAUUGGGAUUAUUCUGUAGGGGAGUGCAUAUGCAUAAAAUAUAAGAAAAUCUACAAGCAUAGUCAAAUUAAAUAAAGUAAAAGAUACAUAUUAUAUAAAUAUUUUAUUUGUUUUUCAAAGAGUCGAACUGUAUUCAGGUAUACAGUAAUUGAAUAAUCAAACAUAAAAUAAUACUGCAUAGUCUUCGCUUUAUAAUUAAUUAAAUAGAAUUUAUUGUUAUUCAUUUGCCAAAGUUAAAAACUACAUUUUUUUUUGGCCUGAAUGUUUUUAAAACCCUCACACUAUCACAGACCUCAAAAAAUACUUUUGAAAUGAUAAAUUAAAAUCCAGACUGAACAUUGCGUAUACUCGUGAUGUGACUAUUGCGAAUGUUCACAUUGCAAUAUCGAUGCUGAAACGAUAUAUUGUUUACCCCUAGUGUGAAUGACCCCUUAGGAGUGCCAUGGUGCUUUAUUCCUUGAAUAAUUCAAAUCUUGGCUUUAAGGGUCAGUUCUACAGUGCAAUUUCUGCAGUACUCAAAAAGGAAGAAUUACUAAAAUAACUGUUUUCAAACAGGUUUCCCCAUCUGUCACCAAUUACUCAAACAGAACAGACACCAAUGGCUGAGCCAAUAUUGCAGUGUUGGCAUAUUCAAAAUAGCCUAUAACCUUUAGGAGGUGCUAUAACCAAAUUUGUCAUCUGCCCUGAGAUCAUGGUGGCCAUGAAGUGUACCAAGAUUUGUUUUGAUACAUUGAAGUUACCCAGAGAUACAGACUUUCGUUCAGGUUUGGGAUGAUACGAUAUCUCUGCAUCUUUACUAACUUUUGGACAGAGUUAAAAGUAAAAAUGCUGUUCAGUCUUUUCAACCUCACUACUUUUAUGACAAAGAGGUACAAAAAAUUAGAGUUUCCCUUUUUACCUUUUUUUGUGUGAAUGUGAAACUCACAUUUACACAAAAAUAAUAAUGGUAUAAUUUUCAAGAACUUGCACUUUUUAAACAUUUGUGUUUUCAAAAUGCCAUUGCCAUGUAAAAUAAUGGCAAAGUUGCAUAACAGGUUUUAUUUGAAAACAGUUUCAUGGAAAACCUCCCAAGUUCAGCUAUCAUCUAAUAAAAUAUCAUUUAAUUCUCUUUGAACAGGUUUCCCUCCUCUGCCAUUGGUUGUUUAAAACCGAUAGGCCCCUUCUGAAAUACACACCAUUGGUUGAUCCAGUGUUUCUAUGUCCAAAUAAAUACAUCGUUUACACUUUUUUGAGUAUGUGAAUGCUUAUUUCAAGUUGACCCUGCAUAAUAAGCUGGGAUAAGCAAAAAACACUGCUAACUUUGAGCAACUCCAGUUUUUCUUGCAUUUUCUUAGUGGGUAAGUAGUAAGGAAAUAUAGUGUCUAAAGAAAAAAAAAGGAACUCUUCUGUAUCACAUUUGUUUGGAUCACAUUUCUUCAGAAUAAAAGAGUUUAUUCAUAACUAUUGUUUUGGAAAAAUUGCCUGGUGCAAUCGCAAACAAGUCCACAUUUCUUAUUCAAAGAGUAAGAGAAAAUAAAGGGCAUUGUUUUUGUUUUUAAACUGUAGCUCAAAUAGCCAGUGGUUAUGUACAAUAAUGUUUCCAUUGACAAAUAUUGCUGUACAGUGCUAUUGCAAAAAAAAAAAAACUAUUUUUAUAUUUUAGAUGUUUGUUGUUUUAUUUUAUUUUUGAAACUGUACAUAUUUCAGAUCACAUUUGUUUCCUUCACCCUUCUGUAUGACUUUUGCUUCACACACAUACAUAUUUGUUUCCUGGUGUGCAUUUUGUUUCAUAUUUUACUUUUUUAUAUAUAUAUUUCAUUGUGAUGUUGCCUAGAUCAUUGUUAAUAACAGUGAAAACAUUAACGAUAAAGCAGCUGUGCAGCAUUUUUCUGACAAUUUGAAGCUGUCCUUCAAGAAUGUAUUUUUAAAAAAGGAUUUAAUGAAGAUGUUUGUGCUCUGUGAUUGCCAUUAUACAUGUUUCUCCCUAUCACUGUUGUUGUUAUUCCUUCACAAGAGCCACUCUAUCAACAUAUGUUAUGUCAGUAUUUUCAUGUGUUUGUGUGAUCUUUGCUGUUCGUCCUAGCUGGAGUUUCAUUCCAUUGUACAUAUUGUAAUAUUGACACAACAUUAAUGAAUAAAACGUUUAAAUAAAA